ACGUGGCGAGCUUGUGACAAUGUGCUGCAUUGUUUCAGCCACCGGCAACACUUUACCACCUGUUUUUAUUUUUCCAAAAAAGCAAUUUAAAAACUUCAUGUUAAAUGGAUCGCCAGAAGGCUCUCUUGGACAUGCCCAUCCUUCUGGUUGGAUGACCAGUGAAAGUUUUCUUCAAGUUAUACACCAUUUUAUAAAAUAUGUUAGGCCAACUGAAAUCUACCCUGUGAUAUUAAUAUUAGACAACCAUGAAAGCCAUCUUUCAUAUGCUGCCCUAGAAUUAGCUAAAAGAAAUAACAUUCAUGUUAUUACCCUACCACCUCAUACAAGCCAUAAGUUACAGCCACUAGACCGCACUGUAUUUGGACCAAUGAAAGCUGCCUUCAAUAAUCUUGCUGACUCUUGGCAAAUAAAAUAUGCUAGGCAAACUCUGUCCAUUUAUCAGCUGGUGGAGCUUAGAGGCACAGCUUUUCUCAAGGCUUCUACAAAACAAAAUAUUUUGUCUGGCUUUAAAACUAGUGGUGUGUGGCCUCUAGAUAAAGACAUAUUUUUGGAUGAAGAAUUUCUGCCUUCGGACGUUACAGACAGGCCUAUGGUUGCAGACCCAGAAUUACCAGACAUAGACAUUGCAAGACCAAGGGCACAUUGUAGCUCAUCAUCACCAGACACUGACACUCCUUUUGUUCCUGAUGCAACUCCACAAGGGGACACAUCAAUAAAUGUGUUGGCUCAUACAAUAUCUUCGGAUGCAGCUUCACCAAAAAUGUUUGCUUCGCCUGAAAUAUUUGCAGGCUAUCCUAAAGCUGCUCCUCGCAAGCAAACCAACAGAGGGAAAAAGCGUGGAAAAUGUAUGCUUGCGACAUCAUCACCAAUGAUGGAGGAAAUAAAAUUGAAGCAUUGCGUUAAAUCUGGAGAUAUAUCCAAUGUUAAAAAAAAUCUAUUUGAUACUGAUAUGACUGAUGAUAGGACAGAUAAUAUUAGUGACAGUAGCGACAGUAGUGAUGAAAGUAUUGAUGUCAGAAUGGAUGGUGUUGAAAGUGUGAAUGUUAACGACUAUGUUUUGUGUGAGUUUGAGGUAGGAAAGAAAGCAAAAUAUUUAGUUGGUAAGGUUAUGAAAGAAGAAGAUGAGGAUGGUGAUAUAGAAGUUUCUUUUUUGCGAAAGAGUGGGAAAAUGGUUGACAAGUUUUUUUGACCGACAGUAGAAGACAUUGGGACAGUCAGAAUAGGACAAAUUAAAACAAUUUUGCCACCACCAGUAAACUGCAAAGGUACUAAAAGAACAGAAAGAUAUAUCUCAUUUAAUGUCUCUUUAAAAAAAUACAUUUCUAUUAAUUUCUUUAAAGUUUCUUGUGUAUUCCACAGGUGGUCCAUUUCUCCCCCAAAGUCGGUCCAUUUCUCCCCACAGGUGGUCCAUUUCUCCCCAUAUUUGGGGUGGUAU